AUGAGCGUGCCAACGAAUUGUGGAAUCUCUUUUCCCGCUGAUCGGGCGCUCACUUUACGAAGCUGGAAUAUGUACGGAUCACCCUGUGCAGUCAACAGGCCCAUAGACAUUGUACAGAAGCGCAGGCGUUUUGAUGUGGAGAAUGGACUUUCGGUGGGCCGCAGUCCUCUGGACUCCCAGGCCAGCCCGGGCUCAGGCCUCGUGCUGCAGGCCAAUUUCCCCCACAGCCAGCGACGGGAGUCUUUCCUGUACCGCUCCGACUCUGACUUUGACCUGUCACCCAAAGCCAUGUCCCGGAACUCCUCCACAGCCAGUGAAUUGGAAGAGAGUUUGAAGCAUUGGGAAGUCAACUGGCUGACGCGACAUGGAGAAGACAUGAUUGUUACACCAUUUGCACAGGUUCUUGCCAGUCUGAGGACAGUGAGGAGUAACUUCGCUGUUCUGACCCACCAGCAAGAUCGCAUGGCUACCAAGAGAUCCACUGGAAGCAACACGCCAUCCAUGGUCAAGACAAGCCUACCAGAGGAACCCUUCCAGAAGCUGGCUGUGGAGACACUGGAAGAGUUAGACUGGUGUCUAGAGCAGCUGGAAACUCUUAAGACACGGCACUCUGUCAGUGAGAUGGCCUCCAACAAGUUUAAAAGGAUGCUGAAUCGAGAGCUCACCCAGCUGUCAGAAGCAAGCAAAUCAGGGAACCAGGUGUCAGAGUUUAUCUCUAACACUUUCCUAGAGAAGCAACAUGAUAUGGAGAUCAUGUCGCCACCAACCAAAGAGAAGGAUAAGAAGAAGCGGCCAAUGUCCCAGAUAAGUGGCGUGAAGAAGCCCACCCACAACACCAGUGUAGUGCCAUCCAGUAUCCCGCGUUUUGGGGUCAGCACCGAUCAGGAGGAUCUGCUGGCUAAGGCUUUAGAGGAUAUUGACAAAUGGGGCGUGGACAUUUUCAAAAUAUCAGAAUACUCUGGGAACAGACCAUUGACGGUAACAAUGUACACCAUCUUCCAGGAAAGAGACCUUCUGAAGUCCUUUAAGAUCCCUGCAGACACGUUCAUUACUUUCAUGAUGACUCUGGAGGAAAACUACCACUCAGAUGUGGCGUACCACAACAACAUCCACGCAGCUGACGUAGUCCAGUCCACCCACGUCCUCCUCUCUACGCCUGCAUUAGAGGCUGUAUUCACUGACCUCGAAAUCUUGGCCGCGCUGUUUGCUAGUGCCAUACAUGACGUGGAUCAUCCUGGAGUGUCAAACCAGUUUCUCAUUAACACAAAUUCUGAACUGGCCCUCAUGUACAAUGAUGCCUCUGUGCUGGAAAACCACCAUUUGGCUGUGGGCUUCAAACUGUUACAGGAGGAAAACUGUGACAUAUUCCAGAACCUGAGCAAGAAGCAGAGACAGUCUCUCCGAAAAAUGGUCAUUGACAUGGUCCUGGCCACCGAUAUGUCUAAACACAUGAACCUGCUGGCGGAUCUGAAAACCAUGGUAGAAACCAAGAAGGUGACGAGUCUUGGUGUGCUGCUGCUGGACAACUACUCAGAUCGCAUCCAGGUUCUUCAGAACAUGGUGCACUGUGCUGACUUAAGCAACCCAACUAAACCUCUGGAGUUGUACCGUCAAUGGACCGACCGCAUUAUGGAGGAGUUUUUCACACAGGGUGAUCGGGAGAGGGACAAGGGCAUGGAGAUCAGCCCCAUGUGUGACAAACACAAUGCCUCUAUUGAAAAAUCACAGGUGGGUUUCAUUGACUACAUUGCGCAUCCAUUAUGGGAGACCUGGGCAGACCUGGUUCACCCCGACGCUCAGAUGAUUCUCGACACACUGGAGGACAACCGCGAAUGGUACCAGAGCAUGAUCCCACACAGUCCGUCCCCCACCCCGGAGGAAAAGGACAACGCUGCCGAGGUUUCGGGGGCCGUCGGCGGAGGUGCGACUUUGGCGUCGGGAGAAAAAUUCCAGUUCGAAUUGACCUUGGAGGAAGAAGGUGAGUCAGACGCCGAAAGUCCUGUGGAUGAAGAAUACAUCGGCUCUGGGCAGGAAUCCUCCAGGACCGAUACGGAAGGACAACGCUCCCCAUCUCACCACCUGCAGCAUGCUCCCUCUGGCUUGGCCUCCAGUAGACCUGGCUGCAGGAUGUUGUCCUUUGAACUGGGCAGUCCUUCAGACAGCGACGAUGAGGACAGAGAACUCAAACAAGAAGGGAAAAAUGUGUCGUGCCUGAGGCUGGGUACAUAA